AUGGAAGCAGUCGGUGGUGGUGCAAAACAAAAUCCAUCAGAGUCCUCCCGCAUCUUCGAAUGGCCUCCGCUCAAUGACAGAGACAAGAUGAACAUGAUGAAAGGCAAAGGUUUGGAAAGAGGGUCUGAUUCUGAUUUGCCAAGGCCACCCAAACCUGCUGGAUCUCACCUUUUGCGAGAUCUUAAGCUCUCAAACGAGGAACUGAAUCUUUUAAAGCCAUCAAAGGCGGGUUUUUUUCAGGCGAGCGAUAUUGAAUCACCACCGUGGUCAGAGAAGAAGGGCAUGCGUGAGAAGAAAAGGAAGAAGCGGGCAUGGGAGGAGGAAGAGGCAGCGGGGACUAGGGUUUUCUUAUGCAACUUCUGCAAGGGAGAGUUCCCUACUUCAAAAGCAGUAGCAGGGCACCAGAACGGACACAAACAAGAGCGUGCACUUCUAAAAAGCCUACAAGGGAUGAUGGAUAAUGUUGGUGUUGAAGUUAGGGUAAGGGUUGGAGUUUGA